AUGUCGGAAGACUGGGAAUCAGUCACUUAUUUACGUAAAAAGACCCCCAAAAAAUCGGAGCUAAAGACCAAAAAGGCUGUCACAGAGGCUCAAAGAAAGGGUGGUGAUGUGGAAACAAACAAAAAAUUUGCUGCAGGAAGUAACAAACAGCGAUCAACUACAAAGGAUACUGCAAAACUAGAUAGAGAGACGGAAGAAUUGCAUCAUGAAAAGGUAGAACUUGAUCUUUCCAAACUGAUACAAAGAAUUCGGCUAGACAAGAAAAUGACUCAAAAAGAUCUUGCCCAGAAAAUCAAUGAAAAGCCAAGCAUUAUUACCGAGUAUGAAACCGGUAAAGCAAUCCCUAAUAAUCAGCUAUUAGGAAAGAUGGAGCGCGCUUUAGGAGUAAAACUACGAGGCAAAGAUAAAGGGAAGCCAUUAUAAAUAUAGCUUUAUGCGAUUUAUCCUGACGAUAGGUUUUCAAAGGCGUGCCUCUGCACAUGUGGUUAUUACAGUCUACGUAAUACAGUACAGUAUAUCUGAAUAAUUUUAUCCCAAAGAUGAAAAUGUCAUUAAGUCAACACAGUAUUUAUAAUUUAAAAUAGCAGCAUUAGUGAAUGUAGUUACGCUGUACAUCCACAAGUGAAGGACAGUUACAGAAACCAUGGAACAGACAUGUAUCUCAAUAAAAGUUACGUUUUAUUAAUAACGGGAAAAAGCAGUGUCACAAUGUCUUGCAAAUAAA